AUGCUAGCCAUCGUGUCUACCGUGGAGCGUUCUCGAGUAUACCUGGCGGGAGGAAAAUUCCUGGUGAAGACAGACCACCUGCCGGUAUUACUGCGAAAUUCCAGCGCCAAGCUUUCCGCGCGGUUGGAGCGGCUGAGCCUCAGACUUCAGCACUAUGUCUUUGACAUACAGCACAUGCCGGGCAAAGAAAAUCCGGCAGAUUAUUUGUCGAGGCACCCGAUUGUGGCAAGCGGAGAGGGUAGUCCGACGCAAGAAACAAGCGCCGUAGAAGAAUACAUCAGGGAAGAGUUGACGGUGACGGAGAGCAAUUUGGUGUUGAGAGAGACAAGGCUUGUGAUCCCAGGAAAAGCACAGAUUGAUAUCGUGCGCCUCGUACACAGAGGUCACCAGGGCAUUGUGAAAACUAAGCAGCUCGUCAGAGAAAAUGUCUGGUUUCCUGGAAUAGACAAGAAGGUGGAAAGCGCCGUCAGGAACUGUGAAGCUUGCCAAAGAACAGUCGAAGAGAAUAUGACUUCGCCGUUGAUGAUGACGCCUCUUCCAGGAGGACCGUGGCAGUCACUUGCUGCAGAUUUUGCGGGACCGUUGCCUGUCAACAAGUACUUAUUAGUCGUCGUGGAUAAGUCAAAGACCGAUAAUGGUCCCCCAUUUUUCGCCAAGGAGUUCGCCGAGUUUGCCGCACAUAACGGCAUCACCGCACAACACCGUUAUGGCCUCAAGCGAACGGCAGCGGGUAUUCAAGGACGCUCGUGGAAGGAAGAGGUUCAGGAAUACCUCUUGAAUUACAGGGCCACGCCACACACGACGACUGGUAUACCCCCGUCAGAACUUCUAUUCGGUCGCAAGAUCCAGACAAAAUUACCGCAACUGCCUGAGACACGACAUUACGGAAAAUUGGAAACGCCUGACCUGCAAAAGACGCAGGAUAUAAAGGUCUACGCCGACGAGAAAAGACACGCGAGACCUCAUCAACUUCAGCGUGGUGACUGUGUUUUACUCAAGCGAUCUUCAACCCUAUCACAUGACGCACGGUAUGAACAGCAGCCGUAUACGGUUACAAGGGUCCAAGGAACUGCCGUCACAGCUACAUGUGGUGACAGAACAGUCGUCAGGAACGGAAGUUAUUUCAAGUGGGUUCCCCACAAUCAGCCCCGAAUAUCGGACUACUGGGACGUAGUCGACGAUUGUGCGCGGCCACGCAGUGAUGAAGCACCCAGUGUGGAUCAGGCGGAAGCCCGGGGGUCUCCGAGGGAACAGACACCACCGAAUGACGCGAGCCGUCCCCGUCGUUAA